CUAGAGAACACAAAGAACAGAGAGACUGCAGGGAGCGAGAAGGGGAAAGUGUGUGAGAGACAGAUAGUGAGACAGGAAAAAGCAGACGGUGGAAAGUGACGGGAGCAGAGACUGCACUCAGCAGGGCUUUAGACCAUUGGAUGUGGGAUUAGGCUUUGUGCUCCAGUGAGGAGGGGCUAUUUCCUGCCCACUCACAAAUCCUGUUUGCUUGAUCAGCCAGGCACAGUGAUAAGCCGAGGCUGACACCUGUGCACUUGUGACAAGGGGAUUUGCCAGCUCUUCUGUCGCCUGGGUCGUGUACAGCUUCAGCUGCCUCAGCUCCCCCGUGAAAUCUCCUGAUAUCCUGGUAGGCCAAUCCGGCCUUGAAAGUAAGGCCUAUUUGGCUAAUGUUUAGUUAGCUCCUUUGAGUUGAUGAUCCUCAAAACUUAAAUAUGGCACCAGAAAGUGCAGUUCCGCCCCGGGGUGUCAGAUCCUCUUCUGCACUGACAUCAUCCUCCUCCUCCUCAGACAGUGAUUCUGGUUGUGCCCUUGAAGAGUACCCUGACUUGGAGGUGCGCCCCAGUAAUGCAGACAUUUCCUUUCCUGAUGCUACCUUGAGGGAGUUAAAGUUUGUCCGGAUGCUGCUGCAAAUAUUGCCACCACAGGAUUGUGAUGAGCAGUUCUGCACAGCUCUUGGGGAGCAGGAAAAGAGAGAGCUACAGAGAUUUAGCGCUUAUAGGAGACUUCACUGCAUGAGACGUGGAAUCCCUGCACCUGUUACUCAAGAGAAUAGCAACAGCUUCUGUAUGGGGUGUGGGGAUAGAUUUGAGACAGGUGAUAUUGCUGUACGUGCAGAGCGGACACAGGACGAUGGACUUUCCUGGCAUUUGAGCUGCUUUGUCUGUGAUACCUGCCAUCUUCCCCUGUCACAGUUUAUCUACUUCCUGCAGGAUGGCAGAAUUUACUGUGGGCGACACCAUGCGGAACUGAGCAGAGCUCGGUGUGCAGCCUGUGACCAGCUCAUAUUGUCAGACGAAUGUAUCAUAGCAGAGGGGCAUCGCUGGCACGUGGACCAUUUUCGUUGUUGGGAAUGUGAUGGGGUACUGGGCGGCAGCCAGUAUAUCAUGAAGGGUGGGAGACCAUUCUGCAGUGGCUGUUUUCUGUGUCUGUAUGCUGAGAGCUGCGAGGCCUGUGGGGAGCCUGUCAAUCCCGACGGUGAUCUGGUGACCUUCAUAGGACAAUACUGGCAUAUGUCACCUUCCUGCUUCCAUUGCAUCAUUUGUAGGAUACCUCUCCAGAAAGCAAAGUUCACGGUGCAUGAUGGUAACCUCUAUUGCCACCAGUGCUGUUCCACCCUAGACACUAAGGAACACAAUCAUUCCAGCAUUCAAAGGAUUCCUAUGGGGACAAUAGCCAGAAUACCGAGCCAGCAAUACAACUCUCGUCGGAUCUGUGAGCACUAUAAUCACCCAGAUGUCCCUAGAGACAGGGCAGCUUUUAUCUGCACGCUGCAGGACUCUGCUUGCAUUACCUCUCAGGAGGGGAAAACAGAGCUGUGCAGAAGUGCUUCUUGUGAUGCAAGUGUCUCCAGGCUGCAUGAAUACAGGGAGGAGAUGGUGAAGGAAGAGGAGGAGGAGACGUCCUGUUCUUCAACAGACUCUGAGCCAGAAGGCUUUUUUCUUGGAACUCCAAUCCCAAAUUACCCCAUAUCUAGGGACAUUCCCUCUCCUGUACCUGGGAGAAACAGCUCCCUUAAAAGUAGACGUAGGAGAAAAAGCUGCCGAGUAUCCUAAUGAUGAGAGCUGGAUACUCCCAUUUGUCUUCCUGUGACCUAUUCUACUAAACUAUCUUUUCAUUAUGGAUGUUAUUUAACCAAUAUUUGUGAGAUUCAAUCAACCAUGACCAAAGAUGGAAGUUAUUGUACAUACAGCCAAAAGAUCCUAUCAGCAUUAGUGUGAAGUUCAAGGAACAGUAAAGACCUUGUAAUUACAAGUAAUUUUUUGUUGUGUUGUUAUAGAAUAACAUAUCAACCAAGUCUUAACAUUUUUAAAACAAAUUAGCAUAAUUUGUUGCAAUUAUUAUAGUAUUGCACACAUAGUAGACUAAAGUAUAGUGUAAAUGUAAAUUUUAUAUGCACUGGAAAACCCCCCAAAAUUGUUUGACUCACUUUAUUGCAAUAUUCACUUUAUUGCGGUGGUCUGGAACCAAACCCACAAUAUUUUCGAGGUACAUCCUUUCUAGGAUUAAGUGAAGCAAGUACACUUUUUAAACAUCUUUUACAACAAAAUCAGGCAAAGUACAUAAUUAAAAUAUAUCGGCAUGUUUUAUUUUCCUUAAUUAAACGUAUAACAGGGAGAUUGAAUGUUGAUUAUAAAAUCCCUUUCGUUUGUGAAGACCUGUAUGCAUUAAAUCAAGAUCUCUCCAAUUCUGGUGUUAUGCAUGUCAUAUGGAAGAUAGUCAAUACAACCUUUUUACGGAAGUAAAUACACUAUCAAGAAUUAGAGAGAUAACUCUCACUGAAGAGAAAAUUCUAACUCAAGUAGAUAUGGCACCACAUGAUGUAUGUACAAUUACACACUAUCUUCUUCAACAUGGUUGCAGUUCUAAAUACUAAAUUAAUUUAUACUCAAUUCUCUAUUAAACUAUACUGAAUAUUUGUAAAUAAAA